GCGGCGGCAGCGGGGACAGCGGCGGGCGGUGAGCGGCCCCGGCCCCCGGGAACCCACGGAACCCGGCCGCCCCCCUUUUCCGCCUCCUUCUGCCGGGGGGCCCCGGCGGAGCCUCCCGAGCCCGUCCGGGUGGGACGGCGGCUCUGGGCGCGCUGCUUCGCUGCUUCCCCUGCGAGCGGCUGUGCGGGGGCUGCGCGGUGCCCCCCGGGGCGCUGCCCCCGGCCAUGCCGCCCCCGGCCCGCCGCCGCCUGCCUCCGGCCGCCCGCCUGCCCCCGCGCACCUUCCGCAGUUACCUGCCGCGCUCCCACCGCACCUACAGCUGCGUCCACUGCCGGGCGCACCUGGCCCGCCACGAGGAGCUCAUCUCCAAGUCCUUCCAGGGCAGCCACGGCCGUGCCUACCUGUUCAACUCCGUGGUGAACGUGGGGUGCGGCCCGGCUGAGCAGCGGCUGCUGCUGACGGGACUGCACUCGGUGGCUGACAUCUUCUGCCAGAGCUGCAAUACCACCCUGGGCUGGAAAUAUGAACAGGCAUUCGAGAGCAGCCAGAAAUACAAGGAGGGGAAGUUCAUCAUCGAGAUGUCGCACAUGGUGAAGGAGAACGGCUGGGACUGACUCGGGGGCGCAGCUGGGACUUGGAGGGCGCGCUGGGUGACCCCCUCCUUGGCACCUUCUCGGUGCCCCCUGUGUGGCACCAGCCGCGGGGAUUGCAGGGCUUUUAUAGGGCAAUAAAGGCUUUUUUUUUUUA